CACCAAAAGUUAAUCCCCAACUUUUGAAUUUGGGCAACAAUGGGUCCAACUACCCUCUCAUCCGGGCUUUUGUCCCGCAUGUCAGGGCUCUCGAUACACCCUUCGCCUCUGCGAGCUCUUUUCCCGACAUUCCCUUCAUCAUCUUCGGUUCGCGCAUUUUCUGCUACCACGAGGACGAACAAUUGGCUCCAGCCCAAGGCCGGAGAGCGGAAGAAGACGCGCAAGGGACGGCCGCGGGUUCAAACUGGUGGAUCAACACGAGGAACGACAGUUGUCUGGGGCGAGUAUGGACUGCGAUUGCUCGACCACCAUCGUCGGAUCUCUGCCGCGCAGCUCAAGAACGGCGAGGAAACGAUUCGGAAACGGCUGAGAGGAAUGAAGUACCGCCUGUACAUGAGAGUCAGCGCAAAUAUUGGUGUCUAUACCAAGGGCAAUGAAGCCCGUAUGGGUACCGGAAAGGGUAGUUUCGACUACUGGGCCGCUCGUGUGCCGGUUAGCAGAAUCAUUUUCGAACUCAAGGGAGAUUUGCACGAGCAAGUUGCGCGUGAUGCGUUCCGCUUGGCGGGAAAUAAAUUGCCUGGUCUCUAUGAGUUCGUCAAGAAGGGCGAUCCCCCCGUUAUGGGCAUUACGAAACUGGGCGAAGGCGUGACAGAGGCCACUCUCCGGAAGCCGCGACGAAAGCUGCCGCUUGAGCAGACAGCUCACAGAAUAUCCGGCACCGAUUAGACUUUCCCUUCGAGCUCCAUAUUUGCUUCUUUUCUCGCAGCACUUGUAUUAUACGACAUGGUUGAUCUCAUUUGACUAGAAUAUUUUUCCUUUGGUUUUCAUUUCAUUCCCAGGUUCAGCGGUAGUCUUCAUCAUCAUAUCAUACCGUUUAUCAUAAAGCGAAUAAAAGGAAAAGAUUUUCAUGACAUCUAUAGAAAUUAUAAAGAACUCAUUACUUCAUCAGUUCAUUUGGGAUCCCAACAUUUAUGCGCC